AAUGCGCUGUAAGUACGCAGAUCUUUAGUGUACACUCUGUUUACAUUUUGCAAUUUUGACCACAAAUCCUCAGAAAAUGGACUCAAAACAGGACAAUAAAGUGAUUAUUUGUGUUCCGGGUCAGAGAUUGUGUGCUGCGGAUGAGAAUACAGUUGCUGGACAUGGGACUUAUGAGAGAGGAGGCUAUAUUUACACAGUUUUAACCGGAAGGGUUCAUAUUCGCAAGGAGAAAAUGACUCAGUUUAUUGAAGUCAAGCCACUGGGGAUGGAAACAAUCGUUCCAACUGUCGGAGAUGUCGUGACAGCCAAGAUAACCGUGGUAAAUCAGAGAUUUGCAAAAUGCUUGAUCUUCUGCGUUGGGCACAAAAUUCUCAAUAGAAACUACCGUGGAGUCCUGAAGAAAGAGGACAUCAGGGCAGCAGAAAGGGACAGCGUGGAAGUUCAAAAAUGCUUCCGUCCCGGAGACGUUAUCCUUGCCAGAGUGCUCCCACAGACAGAGCUGCAUCAUUAUCAGCUGACGACAGCAGAGAACGAACUUGGAGUAGUGAUGGCCAUCUCCAAAAAUGACUCAUCCGGAGUUCCAAUGGUUCCCAUCAGCUGGGAUGAGAUGCAAUGUCCAGAAACACUAAUCAAAGAACACAGAAAGGUAGCUCGGGUUGUUUCUGAAAAUAAUUGUCUCCCCUCAUUGUCCUAAAACAAAAAAAAAAUACAAAUAUUUUGGAUUGAUAAACC